GGUUGGCGGUCAUGGCGGCUCGGUGCGUGAGGCCCACUCCUCGGCUGCUGUGCACGGCUGCAAAGCAGAAGAACAGUGGCCAGAACUUGGAAGAGGACUCGGGUCAGAGUGACCAGAAGACGGACACUCCCUGUGCAGAGAAGACGCUCAUGGAGGAGAAGGCCAAGUUAGAGGAGCAGCUGAAGGACACCAUGGAAAAAUAUAAGCGAGCUUUGGCAGAUACUGAGAACUUGCGGCAGAGGACCCAAAAAUUGGUGGAGGAGGCAAAAUUAUAUGGCAUCCAGGGCUUCUGCAAGGACUUGUUAGAGGUCGCGGACAUCCUGGAGAAGGCCACACAGUGUGUCCCCAAAGAGGAGAUCACAGAGGACAACCCGCACCUGAAGAACCUCUACGAGGGGCUGGUGAUGACCGAGGUCCAGAUCCAGAAGGUGUUCACGAAACACGGCCUGCUCAGGCUGGACCCCGUGGGCGCCAAGUUCGACCCCUACGAGCACGAGGCCUUGUUCCACGCGCCGGUGGAGGGGAAGGAGCCGGGCACGGUGGCGCUGGUGAACAAAGUGGGCUACAAGCUGCACGGGCGCACCCUGCGGCCCGCCCUGGUGGGGGUGGUGAAGGAAGCGUAGCUUCUCUCAGGGCUGUGGGUUUGGGGUAAUCACUGGCGGUAACUCUAAAAGGAUGGUUCGUCCGUGAAUACUCCAGACCUUUCCCAAACCUUGUUGGAAAGCUUCAGUAACCAGCGGCUAACCAGGAAAGUGGGCCCAUUGCACAGCUGUUACUGGACUCUAAUUUGGGAGCCUGUUGAUUGAUUUUCAGUACAUGUUUAAUAGUUCACAUGCUUACAAAACAGGCCACCACUGGGCCCUCGGGUAUCGUGAAUAAUACUACAUCUGCUCAAAGUCUGAUGACACCAAAGUAUUUAAAACAAAUAAAAGGUCUCUGGGGACUGUGCUGUCUGGCUAGGGCCACGCCAUCUGCCCUGUGCGCCUCUGCUUCUCGCUGCCCUGCGAGCUCGGCAGUCCUCAGCCCUCUGCACCUCACUCGGGAGGAAAGGCAGGAGUGUAACUGGGUUCUUGCUCAGAACACUUGUGUGUGCUGGGGGAGGACAGGCGCGUCCAUCUAAUCGCCCGCUGGCUUUUCUUUGGAGGCACCUUAACCAUUCUCCCCUAGAGUAAGACGGAUGUGACAGAAUCAGUUACUCUUGUCCUGUUUUGUUCAAAUACGUGUAGAAAUGUUUGUGUCUUAUAUUCAGCCAGGUACUAAUGACCUGAAGGUAGGUCCCUAGUACGAUGGUCUUUCUCAACACCCGAGGGCUGCAUGCUUGGUAAAUUUUAAAUGUGAAUGUUUAGUUUUUAAAUCUAUUGAAGAGGAUUAAAGCCCCAAUGUUUAUUUUCCUACUUUCUGAUAAGUCUUUUGCGUACCUUGGUGGCGAUCCUUACUAAGGGGAGCGUGACUUGGCUGUGUGCCCGAUGCAGACACGUGUUUGCUUCCAUCCGUGCCCUGCAGGCUGGCGUGGGACUGGCCUGCUCCGGGUGGACGUGUCUGCCUAAGGACCGUGACGGGACCACACACCCGGGACCCACGGCAGGAAAGUCUGCGGAAGCUGGCCUGUGACUCGCCAUAGGACCCUCCGUAUCUGUUACAAACAAAAAACAGCUGCUACUGCCUUGGCCUAAGGGGUGCGGAGAAAAUAUGAGGCAAUUUUACUUGGCUGAUCAUUUUGAAAGAUGUAAUAUUCCCGUAAUUAAAAUUUCAAUAUGUAUAAUUUCAAA